AGUCUAUGUUGGGACCUGGACAGAUUGCCGGCUGAGGAGGCUAACUGGCCAGUAGGAAAGAUGAAGGGAGGGAGAAGGCAUUCAGCUGGAGUCAGUUUGGGAAACCUAAACUUUAACAGUUUCUAUCAAGAGACAAGAGGAGGAAGCAAAGUCCAAAAUAUGAAGAUGGUUUGACCACUGCAGAAGACAGAAAAAAAGAGAAGAAGAGUAACCGAUGGCUGGAUUAUUUUAGGAUGUGGGUGGUGCACAACAGAUCUGUCACCCAGGUGUGAUCCCAGGCAGAAGGAGGUCCAAUGGCCAGUUCAAAGUAUGACCCCCACCUGGGUGAUGGCCCAUCCGAGGACUCAGAGAUCCUCCUGGAUGAUUCGGAGUCAGGGAGUGUGCUUUCGGAUGACUCGGUGCUUCCCCAAUAUGAAAUGGAAGGGAAGUAUGCAGAGCCGGCUAAAACGCUGUAUGAGGCCUGUGCCAGGAAUGAUCCCACAUCCCUGCUCAGGAUCCUGGAGAGAGGAGUCACUAAAGACGAGGCUAUGGACCUGGACAUCAACGGCAGGAAUGGACUGAUGCUGGCUGUGGUCAAGGGAUUUGUUGACAUAGUCACCAUGCUGCCCACAUGUCCAUUAAUAGACAUCAAUCACCAGGACAAUGAUGGCAACACUGCCCUAAUGAUUGCUGCACAAGCAGGCUUUGUCACCAUUCUAAACUUCAUCCUUAACUUCUACUCUGGGGUGGACACUGAAGUCAGGGAUCCCCGUGGCUUUACCGCCCUCAUCAAGGCAGGCCUGCAGGGCCAGGCAGAGUGUGUGUCCGCCCUGCUAAUGCAUGGUGCAGAUAUGAAUGCUAUAGACCUGGUGCAAGGGAGAGGUCUGUAUGACUGGGCCCUUAAGACAGGAAGGUUUGAGACUAUUAACAGACUACGCCGCCUGCAGGUGCAUCCUGUCGCUGUGCAGUUUUGUGAAAGUUACAUUCCUGAGUGGCCUGAGCUGAAGCUACUCGUAGCAAAGGCCACCGCCACCAAAACAGCUGGUCAGAAGCUAAGGCAGUGCUUAAAAGACAACUUCUCUUUCAGCUUCCCUCAUGACGCCCAAGACAAUGGGGUCAUGGACCACAUGGUGCGGAUGACCACAGGCAUCCACAGCCCCCUGAUAGCCACUGCUUGCCGUCCACUCUGUCCCUCGAGCCCCCCAGAGAUUGGCAGGCGACGGUUCGCCAUCCCUGAACUGCUUGAAAAGCACAACAUCAAGGAGUUGGAGGAGAGCACAGUGUCCCACAGUAAUGGCUCUGUUACCACCUCAGAUUCUCAAACUGGUGUGUCAGCCACCUAUAUAUCUCUGACCUCCUGCUGCCAGCAGCAUGGCAUUGAAAGCUUUAUCCCCCGAAGCAUGGGACAAAACAGCAUCUUCCCCUCAGGCUGUAUUCCAAAGAUUGAAGUGACAAAAUCUGGGGAGCCAACUCCAAAGAAAGAGAAGAAGAAGAAAAGGCAGAAGGGCUACCUGGAGCCUCCUAUCUGGAAGUACAAGGAGGCAAAGGAGGAGAAAAAGAGAGAAAAGAAGCUGCAGCAAGAGAAAGAAAAAAAAGACCAAGAGAAAAAACCAAAGGGCUCCAAACAUUCCAACAAGAAAUGAAAAACUAAGCUUUAUUCUCUUUUCCUUUAAAUAAUUUCACUGUGGUAGUGAAGUCAUGCAUCAGGAACAAGCAUGUGAUCACAGUGUGGCCCAUUUUAACAGAAUACUUGUUUUAGAAAACAGGUUUGGGAGGGGAAAUCGACAAUGUAAACAAUGAUGGAUUUUUAAAUCUUGUAUUUUCGGAUGAGAAAACUGGAGUGACUUGAAUUUGCUACAUGUGAUGUAUUUUUCUGAACCUUUGGAAAGCUGAAAAUCCUUUUAACCAAAUGUUAUUUGGUUUUGGAAAUAUACAGUGUCAUGUCAUAGAAUGGCUGAACCCUACCUCAUAAAUUGACAGAUUGUAGGGGAUGCAAAGAAAUACUGACCAAUCACUUGCAAUGACAUUAUUACAUUAUUACAUUUUACUUAUCUGUGUAUCGUGGUCUCUAUGCAGCAUGCUAUUGUUGUAUUUGACGGAAACCAAAGAAAAACAAAGCAAAAGCAAAUACUUUUUAUAUGAUCAAUGGCCACAUACAUUUAUGUUUAGAGUUGAUCAUGACUGCAAGGGAAAAACAAGGGAAAGAGACAAAACAUCUUCAAGCUAUGUGCUUUGCUCCUCCAAGCCACGUGCUCAAACAGUAGCGCUGCUGACAAAGUUUCAGAAACAGGAAGCAAAUCGCAGCUAUAUAAAGCCUUGUCUGUUUGAGUUCAUAAUUUGAGUUCUGUCAACAAGUAUCAUUUUAAAGUCUUUCCAAUCUCCUCUGUUUGCAACAUGUAAUGUAGCAACUACCGGAUGCCUUUAUUAUGUCUACUUAACAGGAUUUUAAUACACCAGACUGGCUGUGUCACAUGAGGGCUUAAUCAGUGAACAUACAGUAAAAAGGAAAUUCAUCAUGUCUUUUGAGACUGAGACUACCGGUGCUUUGUGUAAUAUUUGAUGGGCUUUCAUGGGAGAUCGGAAAUGUAGCUUGCAUUAUACGAACAGCAGACCACACUUGUGCAGAGUAACAUAUGAAUAGAAACUAGUUUUGCACAAUGCUCCUCAGGAAAUCUUUUCUUAAUAAUCUGUUUGUCAAGAAAUCUCUUUGGGGUCCUAACUAAUAACUCAACAAGCCAUUACUGCAAUACCUACAUUUCAACAUAUAAUGUAACUAUUACAGAAUAUAAUAUGUAUACAGAUAUUGUUCUUACAAAAAAUUAGAGCAUCCUUUUGAGACACACAGAAAAAAGUGCGAAACAGACCAAAUGUGUGUGCGUGUGUG